UUAACCAAAGUUACGAUGAAGAUCAUCAUCCUUCUUUGUCUUCUGACUGCUGUACUUGGCUACAGCUACAACGACACAAUGAUUGAGGAGGAUUUUCGCGGACUUGACAAAAACAGUGAUGGCAACUUUACCCUAGACGAAUUUGAGAAAAGACUCAGAACAACAGAUGUGAAUGGUGAUUCGAGGACUUCCUUUGUAGAGUUUCACAAGAUGCUCCGUCCUGGAAUACCCCUAACUAUCAGCUAUGCCUCUUUUAUCAUCUACGACCAGAUGGACAAUCAUAAGGACAGCAUCACCGAUAUCUGGGAUAUUAAAAUGACUUUGAGCCUCAUGGACAUAAACCAUGACAAGAAUGUGACUUUGGAAGAGUACAAACACCAUAUUGCAGAGAUGAACAAAAGAAUCAGGCAUGACUUUGGAAUUGCAAUUUAGUACCAACAGUCUGAAAAAUGAUUCCUGGAAGAGACUGAAAAUAAAUCUUUAACUACAAAGCAAAUGAU